GGUGAGAUAAAAAGAUUACAAAACAAUGUAAAUCCUAUAUCGGUAAUGAUCGAUUUUGAGCAGGCUGAAAUAAAUGCCUUUACACAUUCAUUUCCAUCGAUAACAAUAAGAGGCUGUUUUUUUCAUAUGACUCAAGCAAUUUGGAGGCACAUCCAAAGUGAUAGCGAAUUAUUAUCUCAUUAUUUAGAUAGAGAUGCGGGAAGUGAUUGGUCUAUAAAAAUUAGACAAAUGGUGUCACUUGCAUUUGUUCCCGUGGAGGACGUGUUUGAUGCCUUUUAUGGGCUAUUACACACACAAUUCUAUCAAGACAAUGAAAGUGUCUUGGACAAACUUAUAACAUAUUACGAAGCCACCUGGAUUGGCAAGAUUCUUCGUAAUGGAGAUAGACAAGAACCAAGGUUUCCAAUUCCCCUUUGGAAUCAAUACGCUGCUACAUUGCAGGGAAUCCCAAAGACAAAUAAUGCAGUUGAAGGUUGGCACAGAGCAUUCUCAUCUCUGCUAUCAUCGCACCAUCCCUCUAUUUGGAAAUUUUUAGAUGCUCUACGUUUAGAACAAUCGUUAACCGAAGCAAAAAUUGAACAAUAUAUUUCUGGUACGCAACCCCCGAGAUCAAGAAAGGUGUAUCGGGAUACAGCUGAAAAUAUUAUAUUAAUUGUAUCUGACUAUGUAAAUCGCCCGAUUAAUGAUUAUUUAAGAGGGAUCGCAUAUAAUUUUAAUUUACAAACAAAUUAAUGUUUUUUAAACAUAU